AUGACCAACUUUUUUCUGUCAGCUGUGCUGUGCCAGCUUAUGGCCGCCCUCGUUUUCGCUGCCCCCGUCGCAGAAGACGCCGUCAAAGUUGCCAACAAGGAUGCGAUUGGAUAUGGUGCCGGUGGAGGCUUCAUUGGAAUCGUCGUUUUGAUCCUCGAUAUCAUCACCAUCGUCGAGAUCCUCAAGUCGAACCGCCCUCCUCUGUCUAAGCUCCUCUGGUCUCUUGUCGUCUUCUUCUUCCCCAUCAUCGGCAUGAUUAUCUACUACCUAUUCUCCAACCGCCACGCCCACAACACCUAUGAGCCAUUGCCCUAA